GUGAACAAGCUCUUUUUCACGAAGAAACAUGUUGUCGAAGGGGAUCACAGAGGCAACAGCAGCAGAGCAACAAGUCUAACUUUUACAUCAAGAGCCGCACACUGGACGCACGAGUCGUUCCAUUGCCAGGAUCAAAGGAUCCGCAGUGUUUCAUGCGUGGAGAGUGCAUAUUAUUUCAUUACGAUCUAGAAAACAUGAACUUGAACUGCGAGUUACUAUUUGAAUUCAGCAUCUACAGGGAUUGUUGAGGUGGAACAUGGCGAGGGGGAUGAAGGGAGCUCAUCCCGCCGCUUUAUUAUGUACUUUUACGCUCUUGCUUUGGGGGGACGUUUACGCGCAAGUGUCUUUUAACGAAAUAACGGGGUUUAGUUUGAGUCCUCCGUACUUCAACCUCGCGGAGGGGUCCCGGAUCUCCGCCACCGCAACGUGCGGUCAAGAUGAAACCGGGAGACCGAGAUCUGAUUUGUACUGUAAACUUGUCGGAGGACCUACAUUCGGACUUCCUAGUCAAACCAUACAGACAGCUAAUAAUGUUUACAGUUCAAAUGGACAGUAUUGUGACCGAUGCAACUCCAACGAGCCUAACAAGGCCCACCCAGUGAGCAACGCAAUCGAUGGCACCGAGCGCUGGUGGCAGAGCCCACCUCUCUCCCGUGGACCCAUGUACAAUGAGGUUAAUGUCACCUUGGACCUUGGACAGCUCUUCCAUGUGGCCUACGUCCUGAUCAAGUUUGCCAACGCCCCGCGGCCUGACCUGUGGGUCCUGGAGCGCUCCCUGGACCAUGGGAAAACAUACGCUCCAUGGCAGUACUUUGCUCAUUCUGAAAGGGAGUGCAUUGAGAGGUUUGGCAAACAACCGAAUGGACGCAUAGUUGGAGAUGACGACCAGAUCUGCACCACAGAGUACUCUAAAACUGUCCCAUUGGAGAACGGAGAGAUUGUGGUGUCCCUGGUCAACGGUCGCCCGGGCUCUAAGAACUUCAGCUAUUCUCCAGUGCUGAGAGAUUUCACCAAAGCCACCAACAUCCGCCUGCACUUCCUCAGGACCAGCACUCUGUUGGGGCACCUCAUCUCCAAGGCCCAGAGGGACCCCACUGUCACACGCAGGUAUUACUACAGCAUCAAAGACAUCAGUGUCGGGGGACGCUGCGUUUGUCACGGCCAUGCACAGGUGUGUGGGGGACGUAACCAAGGCAACCCGAAUCGGCUGCAGUGCGAGUGCAAACACAACACCUGUGGUGAGUCAUGUGACCGUUGCUGUCCAGGGUUCAACCAGAAGCCAUGGCGGGUGGCGACGACAGACAGUCCCAAUGAGUGCCAACCCUGUCAGUGCCAUUCACAUGCCACUGAGUGUUAUUACGACCCAGAGGUGGAGCAGAGGACAGAAAGUUUAGACACCUUCGGCAGUUACAACGGGGGAGGAGUGUGCAUCAACUGCCAGCACAACACGGCGGGGGUGAACUGUGAGCUUUGUGCUGAUGGAUUCUACAGACCCCAUGGAGUGCCUCCACAGUCUCACAGUGGCUGUAUUCCCUGCAGGUGUGAUGCCAGGACGACUGCUGCUUGUGAGAUGGGGACAGGACGCUGCCGAUGCCGGGCAGAAUUCACGGGAAACAACUGUGAACGCUGUGCAGAUGGUUACUAUGGCUACCCGCAGUGCAUCAGAUAUCCAAUCUACCAGCCCACCACUAAAUCUCCUGCCGGCCAUAUAGUGGGGCCCACUGCUUGCCCUGCUGGUUAUUUCGGACCACCCAGCUGUCAACAGUGUUUGUGUGACCGACGUGGAUCAGUUCUGGAGCUGUGUGAUGCGUCAGGGCGCUGCGUGUGCCGUGAAGGGGUGGAAGGCAGGCAAUGUGACCGCUGUCGACCAGGACACCACACCUUCCCUAACUGCCAAAUGACAGUGUGUCGUUGUGACGGUGCAGGUGCGACUGACAGAGUCUGCGGGCCCAACGGACAGUGCCAUUGCCGUGCCAACUACGUGGGACAGCAAUGUGACCAGUGUGCCCCCAGUUACUAUGGAUACCCAGACUGUGCCUCUUCUAUCAGCCAGUGUAACCCAGCAGGGUCAGAGGUCACCACAGCAGAUCCACAAACGGGUUCCUGUGGCUGCCUGCCCAAUGUGGAUGGAACCCUGUGUGAUACAUGUAAACCGCUCUACUGGAACCUAGCAACAGAGAACCCCAGCGGCUGUAAAGAGUGUCACUGUGAUGUCAAAGGGACCCUGAGUGGGGUAGGAGAGUGUCAACAGAAAAGUGGGCAGUGUUUCUGCAAGCCCAACGUGUGCAGCCAUACCUGUGACACAUGCAAGGAGGGCUACUACCUGCUGCAGAAGAGGAACUAUUUUGGCUGUCACGGCUGCCAGUGUGAUGUGGGUGGGGCCAUCAGCAGAGGGUGUGACGAGAUGUCUGGACAGUGCCAGUGUCGGAAGAACAUAGUGGGCCGCACCUGCAAUGAGCCAGCACCUAACUACUACUUCCCCAGCCUGCACCACCUGAGGUAUGAGGUGGAGGAUGGCAUCACCCCUAACGCCAGGCCUGUACGCUUUGGCUACGACCCCAAGGAGUUCCCGGAAUUCAGUUGGAGAGGAUACGCCAUCAUGUCCCCAGCACAGCCAGAGGUGAUCCUAUCGCUAGCUGUGGGUUUCCCCGGCCCCUUCCACAUAGUGUUUCGCUACAUCACCACUACCCCCCUCAGGCCCACACAGGGAUGGCGGCACAGGGGGAUAGUCCGAGCCAGGAUCUUGGUGGUGGACGAGUCUGGUUUUCACUCUUGCUGUGACUGGUCAGGUCAGAGUAAGGAAGUGGUGUUUCCUCCUAGCUCCUCCCCUGCCUACCUCACAGUCCCUGGCGAUGGCUUCUCUGAGCUCUUCUCUCUGACCCCUGGGAAAUGGAUCAUACGCAUCCGGGCAGAAGGGCUUCUACUGGACUAUGUGGUGCUGCUGCCAAGUGAUUACUACGAGGCUCCCGUCCUCCAGGAGAAGAUCACCCAGCCCUGCACGUACACAUCCACCGCCAACAGAGACGCAAACUGUCUGCUGUAUAAGCAUGUGGCGAUGGACAGGUUGAGCUCUGUGCUGGGCUCUCAAGGCCAGUUUUCCAGCCGGAGGAGACGCAGGAGCAGACAGGCUCGUGUCCGCCGGCCCACCCCAGACCACCCUGACAUGGCCUCUCUCACCGGGAGACAGGCCCAGUUACAGCUGAACCUGCGUGUGUCUCGCCCCGGUCCCUACAUCCUGGUCCUGGAGUAUGCCAGCGAGGUGGACACGGUCCAGAACGUCAACCUGAUCAUCACUGGCCAAUCAGAGAGCCAGAUCCAGGCCAGAGCCAACAUCUACAGCUGCCAAUUCAGCUUCCUGUGUCGGAGUGUGGCAGUAGAUGGAUUAAAUCGCAUGGCAGUGUUCCAGCUUACCCAUAAGGCCGAGCUCCUUCUCCAGACCUCCACAGCCUCACUGUUGCUGUAUAAAGUGUAUGCAGUGCCUGCGGAGGAGUUCUCCAUGGAGUAUGUGGACCCCAAGGUGCUUUGUGUAUCUAUCCAUGGACGCUUCACUGAGGACAGUCAGUACUGUGUUCCCAGCCAAUAUGAAAGGCCCUCCUCAGCUCUGGUUCUGGACGCAGCUCGUGACGGGCGCCUCUCCUCCCACCGGGUCAUCCCCCAGCAGAGGGAGAUUGAGGAGUGGAGACAGAGACGACAGUCAGGGGCAGGGGGGUUCCCUCUCCCUGGAGUUCAGAGUGAAGGGGUACUACUAAAAUCUCCACAGAAUGAGAUCAGUUUCAGUGCCAGAGUGGAAGCUCCUGGCAGGUAUGUGUUUGUGGUUCACUACUGCCAACCUGAACACACCACCUUCCCUGUAGAGGUGCGGGUGGAGGCUGGACGCACCUGGACUGGCUUUGUAAACGCCUCCUUCUGCCCUGGUGUCUCUUGCUGCAGGAAGGUGGUCAUCGCUGAGAGGCGCAUUGCUCUGGACCUUCCCCAGCCAGACCUGGCCAUCUCUCUCAAGGUUCCACCCAGGAAGACUCUCACUCUGGAUUAUAUCUUGGUGGUUCCUGAUGAUAGCUACACCCCUGAUCUACUGAAAGAGAAGCCACUGGAUAAGUCAUCUGAUUUCACCAGACAGUGUGAAGGUCAAGGCUUUUAUAUCGACCCUAGAACCUCCUCCCAGUUCUGCCAAGUCUCAACACGCUCCCUGGUAGCAGCCUACAGUGAUGGGGCCCUGCCUUGCUACUGUGAUAAGUCAGGAGCCACGGGGCCCACCUGUAACCCUGUAGGGGGCCAGUGUCCAUGUCGGCCCCAUGUCAUCGGUCGACAGUGUACACGAUGCGCCACAGGAUACUAUGGCUUCCCCUACUGCAAACCCUGUGAGUGUGGCCAGCGGCUGUGCCAUGAGGUGACAGGCCAGUGUAUCUGCCCGCCCCAGACAGUGAAGCCAGCCUGUGAUGUGUGUGAGAGCCAGACAUUUAGCUACCACCCUCUAGUGGGCUGUGAAGGCUGUGACUGCUCCCCCAGCGGAGUCAGGCCCAACACAGGGAGAGACUGUGACCGUGAUACCGGACAAUGCAUAUGUAAGCCCAGGAUCGGGGGGCGCCAGUGUGACCGGUGCGCUGCAGGUUUCUACAGGUUCCCUAAGUGUCUCCCAUGUAGCUGUAACCAGGGAGGAGUCACAGCAGACGUCUGCCACCCUGACACAGGGCAGUGCCUCUGCAAGAGAAAUGUCCAGGGAGCCCUCUGUGAUGCCUGUAGAGACGGGUCCUUCCACUUUGACCCCUCCCACCCCAGGGGCUGCAUCAGCUGCUUCUGCUUUGGAGCCAACAGCCAGUGUCAGAGCACCCGCAAACGCAGGGGGAAGUUUGUGGACAUGCAUGGCUGGCGUCUGGAGAGAGCUGACCAGGAGGAGGUGACAUCAGUUCUCAACCCAUCCAGUAACACAGUGGUAGCAGACAUACAGGAGCUGCCUGGCACUACUCAGCUCCUCCACUGGGUGGCGCCUCCAUCCUACCUGGGAGACAGGGUGUCUUCCUAUGGGGGCUACCUGACCUACCAGGCCAAGUCAUUUGGGAUUCCUAGUGAGGGGAUGUCUUUGCUGGACCGCAGACCUGAUGUCUUGCUCAGUGGCAAGGAGAUGGCCCUGGUCCACAUGGCCCCAAAGACCCCCGAACCAGACAGACUCCACCAGGGCAGAGUCCAGCUAGUGGAGGGGAACUGGCGUCACGCCGGCACCAACCGGCCUGUGUCCAGGGAGGAUCUGAUGGUGGUCCUGGCUGGGCUGGUGGCUCUGAGGGUGCGGGCUCUUUACUUCACCCAGAGCCAGAGACUCAGUUUGGGGGAGGUAGGCCUGGAGGAGGCUACAGACACGGGGUCCGGGGGCCCUGCCAGCACCGUGGAGCAGUGUGCCUGUUCCCCUCUCUACAGAGGAGACUCCUGCCAGAAAUGUGCCACUGGUUACUAUAGAGACGGCAGUGGACCCUACCUGGGUCUCUGUGUGCCCUGCACCUGUAACGGCCUGGCCAACGAGUGUGACGAGAGGACUGGGAGGUGUCUGAACUGCCAAUACAACACGGCUGGAGACAGAUGUGAGCGCUGCAAAGAGGGUUACUAUGGAGAUGCUGCCCAGAGGUCAUGCCGGGUGUGCCCGUGCCCCUUCAGUGUGCCAGCUAACAGUUUUGCAGUGGGUUGCAGAGAGGCUGCUGGAGGGUUCCAGUGUGUUUGUAAACAAGGCUACGCAGGAGACAGGUGUGAACGAUGUGCCCCUGGUUACUAUGGUGAUCCAUUGACAGCUGGAGGAAGCUGCAGGCCUUGUGACUGUAACAAUGUAAACAGCUGUGACUCCAGGACUGGGGUGUGCAAGAACACUUUGGAGCCAGGGGACACUAACACUGAUGAGCAGUGCCACGAGUGUGAUGACUGCGCCAAGACCUUAAUAAACGACCUGCAGCGUCUGGAUGAGGAGCUGGCGAGAAUUAAGACUCAGCUGGACAGCGCCAGUAUCUCCGCCUCCUCUCGGGACAGACUCGGGAAGCUGGAAAAUGCCAUCACAGAGACCAAGUCUCUGGUGAACAAGUUCAGUUCCAGUGUGAACAGCCAGAAGCCCAAGGUUAGCCAACUAGAGCAGGACACUCUCAGUGUCAACGAGGAUAUCAACGCUCUCAAAGGCAAGGCAGAUGACAGGGCUGUGGAUGCCCAGAGAGUCCUGGAGGAUGUGGGUAAGACUCAUCUGAGAGCUAAAGACCUGGAUACUGAAGCUAAGAACCUGCUCAAGAAGAUCCUGGUCCUGCUACAGCAGCUGACAGAGUCUGGCUCCAGUGGCGGUGUGGUGCCCAGUGAGAACCUGGCUAAGAUGUUAUCUGAGGCGGAACGCAUGGUGAAGGAGAUGGAGAAGAGGAACUUCAACCCACAAAAAGAUGCAGCUGAGAUAGAGAGGGAUGAGGCCCAGAAACUGCUGGACUACAUCAAGGCCAAUGUGACGAAGCAGUAUGAUCAGAAUGAGGCAGCAGCCAAGAGGGUGAAGGGUCUGCUGAAGGACUAUGCAGCUAAGUUGAAGGACCUGGAGGAGGCGCUGAAACAGGCUGGGGACAUGGUCAAGAAAGCCAACUCUCAGAAUGGACUCAACACCGAGGCACUGGAAGACAUCCUGAAACGUAUGGAAGAUCUGAGGAAAGAGCGUAAGAAGGUCCAGGACCAGAUAGCCAUGGCAGAAGAUCAGUUGAAGGAUACAAAGGACCUCCUUAGAAUGUUGGAUGACAGCAAGACAGAGUAUGAACAGCUAGCUGCCCAACUGGACGGGGCCAGGACUGCCCUCACCAAGAAAGUCAACUCUUUGUCCCAGGCCGUGGCCAAAGAGGACAUUGUGGAGCGAGCAGAAAAACAUGCUGAGAACCUGGCCAAGCUGGCCAAGGAACUACAGGAUGCUGUGAGGGACUCGAGUGGCCGCUCUGAUGUGCGUGAUGCCAUGGACGCCAUUAAGGCCUACAAGAACAUCACAGAUGCGGUCAACGCUGCAGAGAAGGCAGCCAAGGAGGCCAAGGAUGCAGCUGACAAGGCCCUCAAGGAUGUGAAGAAAGAGGACCUGACAAAGAGAGCUAAGAAUCUGAAAGACAGCGGGAACGACCUACUGAGGGAAGCAGAGGAUGCAGAACAAGAUCUCAAAGAGGCCUCUGAUCACCUCACAGCCCAGCAGAAACGCCUGAAGGACGCAGAGAAGAAGAAGAAAGCAUUGGAGAAGGACCUCAUGGACGCUCAGGCAGAGCUGAACAACAUCAUGAGAGAUGACAUAGGAGACAUGUUGGACGAGGCGAAGAGCAAGGCAGCGUCAGCCAAUGAUACGGCUAGCACCACCAUGGACAGACUGAAUGCCAUCAGAGAGGAAGUGGAUAAGAUCAACGUCAUGCCCUCCGACUCCAACCUCAGCAGCGUCAUGGAUGAUGUGAACAAGUCAGUGAAGAAUCUGUUGAACACAAUCCCGUCUCUGCAGGAUAAGAUCUCAGAGGUGGAAGAGCUCAGCUCUCAGCUGUCCCCCGUCACCAACAUCUCCGAGAACAUCAAGAGGAUCAAGGAGCUGAUCGAGCAGGCUAGAGACGCAGCCAACAGGAUUGUGGUCCCUAUGAAGUUCAGUGGUGAGGGCCAUGUGGAGCUGCAUCCCCCCAGGGACAUGGAGGACCUGAAGGCAUACACUGCCCUGUCCCUGUCCUUGCAGAGACAGAUGGAACACGCGGAUGGAACACGCAGACGCAGACAGGACAGCACCACCACAGAUAAGGGAGACAUGUUCGUACUCUACCUCGGCAACAAAGAUUCAUCUAAAGACUACAUUGGCAUGGCCCUGAGGAAGAAUGUGCUGUUCUGUGUGUACAAGCUGAGCGGGGAAGAGUAUGAGAUCAAGACAGACUACAUCACUAGGUCUCCCUCUGAGCCGGCAUUCUUUGACAAGGUGGACCUGCACAGAAUUUACCAAGACGCACAGGUGAUCCUCACCAAACUGUUCACAUCUAAUGACCCGGACCCUCCUCAGACCAGCAGUAAGCAGGGAGAGCUGACCAGGAACCUUCUAAACCUGAACCAUAGUGACGUGGUCUUCUAUGUCGGGGGCUAUCCCUCCAACUUCACUCCUCCAGCCUCCCUCAACUACCCAAACUAUAAAGGAUGCAUCGAGCUGUCCACCUUCAACGACAGAUUCAUCAGUCUGUACAACUUUAAGAAGGCUGUCAAGAUCAACCUGGAGACUCCAUGCAAGAGGUAUAUGCAGCCAGUGGUGUUUGACUACUUCGAGGGGACUGGCUAUGCCAAGGUGUCCACCCAAGGUGUCAUGGUGUCCACCCUCCUCCUGACCCAGACCAUCUCCACUCGCUCAGAGAAUGGGCUUCUCCUCUACAUUGGAAAUGAGUACAACUACUACAGUGUGACGUUCGAGAGAGGCUACGUUGUCAUCCACAGUAACCUGCUCAGAGAACCAGCACGAAGCACCACCAAAGUCUUCCCAGUGGAUGCAGAUUCGGCAGAAGUGUUGAUCAUCAUGGAGUCUAAAGGAAGCCAAGAGAUGAAGAUCCGUGUAGCAGGAAAUGAGGUGGUCAAGGCUAAUGUCCAGUACACCCCUGGUGACUAUGCAGACUACUACAUUGGUGGCCUACCACAAGCCCUGAGAGAAAGACACAACAUCACCUCCCAGCCACUGAAGGGCUGCAUGAAGAACGUCAAGCUCAACAGCAAGUACCCCAACUUCCAGGAAAAAGUGGGCAUCAGCCGGGGCUGUCCCAAGGACCUCCUGGCAUCUCGUAAAGCAGAGUUCAAGGUGGGCAGUUCUCUGUCAGCUGCUCUUAAAGGCUUCAGCCUGGCCAAUGAUAUCACAGUCUCACUGGGAUUCAAGAGCUCUGAGAAAGAGGGGCUUCUACUGCAGAACACCGAGUCGAGCAUUGGUGCCAUCGAACUUGCCUUGGUCGACGGCUACGUGGUUCUGACAUUCAAAGACGAAGUUUGGAAAUCUUUGAAAUCAAGCAAGCAGUACCAGGAUGGCAAAUGGCAUUACCUAACUGCCACCAGGAGAGUGUCUCCUCAAAGUAUUGAGCUCCGGAUAGAUGAGGAUGAUUUGGGAGGGCAGAUAACCUCAGGUUCCUUCAGUUCAAACCCAGACUCUGUGUUCCUGGGGAAAGACACCUUCAAAGGCUGCAUCUCCAACCUCUACCUGAGAAGGCCUGACUCUCUGUACAGAGCAGAAGACCUGAGUCAGUUCAGCUCUACAGGAGAUGUGCUGCUAGAUAUGUGUAGUGCUGACAGACCUCCACAACUGAUGCUCGACCGAAACACCUCCAGGAAGGAUGGUGUUAUUGAGGUGUCAGAUGACAGUCUCUCUGUGUGUGCACACCCUGCCCUGGUUGAACAUGCUUACCACAUUGGGGGCACUGUGAGUAGCCUGAGCUAUAGCCUCACUCCCCAGGAACUCCAGCCCAGACCUAAUUUCUCCCUGGACGUGAGGACCAAGUCUGCCAAAGGCCUGUUGUUCUAUGCAGCCACCAGAGGGGGGAGCUCUCACGUGGCUCUCUACCUGUCCAAGGGCAGGAUCAGACUGUCAGUAGACAAGAGCAAAAAGAUCUUCAACAGGGAGAAGUACAACGAUGGAAAGUGGCACUCGGUAAUAUUCAGCCUAGAGAAGAAGAAGUUCCGGUUGGUAGUGGAUGGUAUCAGGGCUCAGGGUGGACAGCUAACCACCCCCAUGGAAUUGAUCUCUCCUCUUUACAUGGGAAGUGCUCCUGAUUCCUUGAACAAAGAACUGAAGUGGAAGCGCCUCCCAAAGCAAAGUGUGAUUGGCUGUGUGCGCAACUUCAAGAUGAAUGGCACUCCCAUGCCAGAACCAACCACCAAUCAUGGUGCUGGUCCCUGCUUUGACGGACAGGCACAGAGUGGGGCCUACUUCUCAGGAAGAGGGGCAUAUGUCAUUAUCAAUGAUUCCUUUGUUGUGGGCUCCAGCUUUGAGGUGGUGUUUGACAUCCGUCCCAGGAGUCUGACUGGUGUUUUGCUCCAUGCGGGGGACUCCAGCAGGCCUCGCCGUGGGCCCAACACUGGACACCACCUCAGCCUCUACAUGCACAGAGGCGAGGUGGUGGCACAGGUGAACAAUGGAGCAGGUGAAUUCAACGUGUCCGUCCAGCCCAAGCAGCCCUUGUGUGACGGAAUGUUCCACAGAGUUGCAGUGAUCAAGAGGAACAAUGUUGUGGAGAUGCAUGUGGACACCGAGGGUGACCACAAAAUAGGACCGUCCUCCUCGUCCUCUACUCUAACCAAAGACCCUCUCUAUGUAGGCGGCAUUCCAGAGACGUCCAUGCACCUGACCCUCCCUGUCACAGAGUCCUUCAAGGGCUGCAUCCAGAACAUGAAGAUCAACGAGGACCCGGUUUCCUUUGAGAAGCUCUCUGGGGUGUUCGGUCCAGUCAACCUCAGAGAGUGUCCUGCUGAGUAGAGUCUAGUCCAUGACCACAUCCUGGGAUGUUCACUGUCUACUGGCUGCCAUGUGCAAUCUAAUCUAAAGACAGAGUGUGUGUGUGUGUGUGUGUGUGUGUGUGUGUGUGUGUGUGUGUGUGUGUGUGUGUGCGCGCGCACACAUUUGUGUUGAUAGGUAUACGAGCGGCUCAGAGAUUCAUGUAUGUUGCUCUGUAUGAGGAAACUAAAGAUAAAGAGAGAUGAGCUAGUCUGUAGUGUUACACUAUAGUAUAUUUAUUUUGUGAUAAAUGUGUUCAUUAUCACCAUCUUGUUAUUGAAUAUAUUCUAAUAUUCUAAUGUUGUACCAUCUGGGUUAGACAUGUCUGUUUCACCCCAUUAGGCUCUUCCUUUGUGCUUCCUGUCCUCCUCCCCCAUAGUAUAUAAAAGCUUUCCUUAGAUUUUUAGAGUGGAUGUGGUGUGUGUUUGGUCAGUAUUGCAUCAUGGCCAGCAAAUUUAAGCAACCCUGCACUUUAAAACACAAAAGCCAUGUUGACCAGUUAACAAAGAAAAUGUCAGUCACAACAAUGGACUCGAUUUAAAUUACCAUUCUGUAUCUCUUGUGACAUGUAACUCUGAACUGAUCAAUUUUUGUAUGUAGGGCCUACUAUAAUUGUAUUGGGAUAUUUCUUUAUGUGAAUGUUGUCUUUCAGAAUAAUUUUUAAUAAUCAAUAUGAAUUUGGGAAUAGUCAAUUCUUGGUGAAAAUUAUUGGGGUGGCAAGUAGCCUAGUGGUUAGUGCGUUGGACUAGUGUCCAAAAGGUUGCAAGAUCAAAUCCCUGAGCUGACAAGGUAAAAAUCUGUCUCUCUCUCAUUGAAAAUAAGAAUUUGUCUAGUUAAAUAAAGGUUCAAAAGCAAGACAUUUUCCCUCAAUAGAUUAGUCUCGAAAAUGAUAUUCAACCGAAUUGGGACCACUGAGAAAUGUAAAAAACUAAAUAUUUAUUUUGGUUUUCUCACAUACAAGUGGAUAUACCUCAGACUAAGCUAUGUAUAUAAUUGUGUAUAAUACUUGAUUACUAUUUUCCAUAAUGAAACAUUCAGUGCAAAUGUAUUCACUGUUGACAGUUACACCAGCUACCAUUUACUUUACACUUGGCCACCCUUUAUUGUACAUGUAUGCAUUCCUACCUUUUGACCACUGAUAUCAUUCAACAUUUGUGAGUGGGUUAAUCAUGUCUGUCCAUCUGUCUGUCUUCAUUGCCUAUUUAUGUCAGUUCUGAAUGCUUGUAAUUCUUUUGAACUUGGUGUUUAAAUUUUAUGUGUAACCUUUUAAUAAAAUACAGCAGACAGCAUGCCCAUAUCCAAUA